AUGAGCAAAUCUCUCCCCACCGGAAAGCCCAAAACGGCUUCAAUAUUCAAAGCCCCCGAAACUCCCGCACCCGCAAAUCCAAUUCCGUCCUCCUCCCCCGCCUUUGGCACGCCGGCGCAUACCAUAAGACCUUUCAAUCCACCUGCAGUCGCCCCGAAAGCGAGCAUUCUCCCCGUCCUCCUGCCUCCCGUGACACUAAGACCGCUUGCUUUUCGAACGUUUACUAAGAAACAUAGUUUGACUCUUACGUCGUCGGCUUUGCAGGUUAUUGCGACGUUUAUUGGGAGGCAUUGUGGGACAGGAUGGAGGGAAGAGGGCUUGGCUGAGAAGGUGUUGGAGGAGGUCGCUAAAAGUUGGAAGGCGAGGAGUGGCGGUGUAAUUGUGGAUGGGGAGAAGGGGGCAUUGAAGGAUAUCUUGAAGAAUUUAGAAGGGAGUAUGGUGGGUGGGAGGAUUGUGGUUGCGAGAGAACUGAGUCGGCAGAAUAGUCUUGUUCUUGGGUCUUCACAAUCUGGCGAAGUUUCUCAUACAAGGUUAGGUCUACGGCCUAUUUCUCUGGUAAGAGAGGAUAGUCAAUCGAGUUUUGGAAUAUCGGGCUUGGGGGUUGAGGAAGACGAGGAGGAAGAUGAGAACCGGGAUCCUAGAAAGUGGCUCAAAGUUAUAGAUGCCUUUGAACAGCCACGACUGAUCUAUAAUGUGGGAAAGAAACAUUUUGAUAAGUAUAUGAUCACUUUCAAAAAUAUCACAAAAACUCCUCUAAUGCAUUUCAGGGACACAUCAAAACCAUCACUUCUCCCACCGGCGUCACAUAAAACGCAAGUUUUCCGGAAUAGAUACAACCUAAUACACCAACGCCUUUUAAGAAAUGAAUCCUUCCAAGCUCCAACUUUUGAAACAGGCAAAGCCUCACUUCGACGUUCCUCGUCAAAUAUAGCUCAGCAAUCUUACAAACUCACGCCAAUUGCAAAUCUUCUGGGGCGUAAUGGAAGUACCCACAUGCUUUUAGGUCUUCUCACUAUAACACCUACCGGCACACUAGCAAUAAACGACUUGACCGGAAGCAUUGCCCUUGAUCUUACACACGCCAAACCACUACCAGAAGAUGGUGCCUGGUUUGCUCCAGGAAUGAUAGUAAUAGUCGACGGGACAUACGAAGAAGACGACAAUAACGCUGGUGGACUCGGUGGAAGCGGCGGUAUUGGCGGUACAAUCGGAGGGAAAUUUAUUGGAUUUUUUAUCGGUGGUCCACCCUGUGAGAGAAGGCAAACAACCCUCGGUCUCAGUGGAAAAAACGGAGAUGGAGACAUCACUGCUGGAGGAGGAUUCGGCUGGGUGGACUUCUUAGGCUUAGGAAGCGAACGAGCAGUCGGUUCAAAGAUGCGCAAAAUCUCACAACGCCUUCUCAAGCCCCCCUCCGAAGAAGAAGACGAGAGUGAAGGCAGAGGAAGAAUAAUCAUCAUCGGCGAAGUAACACUCGAUAAACCCGCCACUCUCCAAGCCCUCAAAAAACUCCUCGCUCUCUACGCUGCAGAAACAGAGGAAAACACACCCAUGACCUUUAUCCUCCUGGGAAACUUCGUCACACACCCCAUCAUGGCCCGCGGUGGAAGUGGGGGUAGUAUAGAAUACAAAGAAUACUUUGAUACCCUUGCCCUCACACUUGCCGAGUAUCCCACGCUCCUCCAAGCCUCAACUUUCAUCUUCGUCCCCGGCGACAACGACGGCUGGAACUCAUCCUUCUCCGCCGGCGCCGCGACGACACUUCCCCGUCCUGGCGUCCCAGAAGUCUUCACCUCGCGCAUAAAACGGGCGUUCGCGAGCGCAAACGCAGAAUUAGAGAAAGAGCGUGGGACAAAAGGGGAUGGAGAAGCGAUCUGGACGAGUAACCCGACGAGAGUUUUAUUAUUUGGACCCAAUCAUGAGAUCCUGGUGUUUAGAGACAACAUGACGAGCCGACUCCGCCGUACAGCCAUCCGCUUCUCAUCCUCAACUCCCACCGUCGAAGAUGACCACGACAUCCAAAUGUCCAACACACCCCCUCCCCCCUCCUCCCCACCACAACAAACAUCCCCCCAACCAGAGGAAGAGCCCUCCUCCCCCAUCUCAGCACCUCAACCAGCCUCCGAAUCCACUCUCCACGCCGCCCGCAAACUCACAAAAACCAUCCUCGACCAAGGGAACUUAUCACCCUUCCCCCUCUCCAUCCGUCCCGUGCUAUGGGACUACACCUCCCCCCUGCAGAUAUACCCGCUUCCCACCGCGAUGGUGCUGGCAGACACGGAUACAGAUGCGUUCUGUGUUACGUACGAGGGGUGUCAUGUUAUGAAUCCCGGGUGUGUGGUUGCGCCUGGGAGAAGGGGGGUUGCGAGGUGGGUGGAGUAUGGGGUUGUGAAGGGGACGGGGAGGGUGAGGGAGUGUUUGUUCUAG